AUGCCUCUGACUUUAGCACUUCUGCUGCUCUUGGACCUGAGUGCCCGACGAGGCUGGGGCUGCCUGCAGUGUGACCACUCGGUGCGGGAAGCCCUGAGCCAGCUGCGCGUCGCCCUCAUCCCCGACCGCUUCCAUCAAAAGCAGCUGCAGGCCCGCGCUCGGGCCCUGCUGCUGGGCAUGGAGGGGCCUUUCUUCCGGGACUAUGCGCUGAACGCCUUUGUGGGGAGAGUGGGGAUAGAGCACCUGGACUUUGUGGCAUCCUUUAUCAAGAAUCAAACAACUUAA